AUGGCCUACCUGGACUCGCGCUCCAUCCCAAAGGGCAUUUGCACGCGCAAUUUUGACGGGCCGGUGACGCACCUCCUGACCAAGUUCCUGCCCGAGUCCCCCUUUCAGCCCAUCAUCACGCGCGACUUUCGACCGCCCAAGCCGGACCCGGCGGGGAUCCUCUUCAUUGCCCGCUCGUGGGGCCUGAGCCGGCGCCUGUCCGAGGUCAACGCGGCGCGGGCCGAGGAGCUCAAGGGUCUGGUCGAGGAGAGCGAUGAGAGCGCGGGCGUAAAAGCCGGCGCCCUGGGUGAGAACCGCGGACCCGACGAGGGCAACAACGACAGGGAAAUUGGCGAUGCAAGCGGUUUGAUCAUGGUCGGCGAUAGUAUCGAUGAUAUGACGGCCGGUCGGAGAGCGGGUGCCGCUACUGUUCUUCUCGUCAACCCCGCAAAUGAGCACCUGGCCGAGCAUAGUCACACUGAUCUGGUUAUUCAGAGGUUGGAUGAUCUGGUGGGCAUUCUGGAAGAAGGUUUUGUCGGGCGCGAGGCUUCGUAA